AAAGACAUACCCAAAGAAAAGAUGAGAGCGAUGAAGGUAAAGUGGACAACACAAGUAGUAAGUCCAGAUCGAGUGAGGACUCUUCCCCUCAAGAGGAUGAGAAAAAUUUUCCGGCCUUUGUUGGUUCCCAAGGACUUGUUGAGGAGGUAGAAACAAGUCUUACCAUAGUGUUAGAAGGAUUGAAUGAAGAAGUCCCUACAUAUGAGGAGGAUGUGGAAAGUUUUGAGGAUAUACAAAAUGCAUAUGAUCAAUUGUCUAAUCAAUUCCUCAAAAAACAAAAAAGAGUGCUUGUCUUAAGUGGUAGCGUAAAUACAAGUGAAGAAGACCGAAAAGGAUUCCAUGUGGACUUAGUGAAGUCCAAGGCUCAUACUUUUGGGAUCGAGGAAGAGAUGAAGUUUCUACAAGACAAAGUAAGCUUCCUUGAAAGAGCGUGUCAUGAACUAAUUGAGACGAAAAAGCAUCUUGACUCAAAAGUGAUAAAAUUAGAUAAAGACCUUCAUGAAUCGGAUGAACUCUCUAAGAGACUUCCCCUAACUUCAAAAAAGUUGAAUAAAAUGUGGUCUAUAGGGAAAAGCGUUGGUGACAAGUGGGGCUUAGGAUACACUAGUGAACACAUCACCACCACAUCUCCGAAGACCAUGUUUAUGAAGGGCAAUUCCAACCCACCACCCCAAGAGUUAAUACAAGCCCACCUAAGGCUAGAAAUGGUAAGUGUAUGCACUUAA